CCCUCUCCAUUCUCCUCUCAUUUCCUUCUCUUCUCUCAUUCUUGCAAAGAGUUUAAACUCAAGGAUUCUAUAUAUUUUGCUCAAGAAAAUAUGUCCACAGGGAUAUCAGAGGAGGAGAUGCAGAGGAUCUUCAAACGCUUCGAUACCAACGGCGAUGGCAAGAUCUCCUCUGCCGAGCUCGGUGAAGCCCUCCGGACCCUCGGAUCGACGUCUACCGACGAGAUACAGAGCAUGAUGGCUGAGCUCGACAGCGACGGCGACGGCUACAUCGACUACAACGAGUUCGUUACUUUCUGCAAGGAUAACCCUGGCCUCAUGAAGGACGUUGCCAAGGUCUUCUAAAGGAAAUUAGCUCUGGUCGAUUGGUUUCCGUUCUUGUUUGUUUGAUUGAUUGAAUUAGUAGGUUACUGUUUUGUUUGUUUGUUGUUUUUAUUUAUUUAUUGUAAUUGAUUAAUUAUGAUGGGUACUUUGUUUAUUUAAGAUU